AUGGCGGCCACUUGUCUGAAGCCAUCUGAAUAUCGCGGAGAUAAAAACACUGCUGUGGCUGGGCGACUGGUGAUUUUGACUCAGCAGGAAUUGCCUGCCAAACAGCCCAGUCAAGGACAUGGACAACCGAAAGGCAAAAAAGGCAAGUCGGGCAAGGGCGCCUCAUCUUCUGCGUCAAACAUUGUGCACAAGGUAGAGGCCCAUUUGGCAGCCACCAGCAGUCCUACAGAAGUUCUCUACAUCGAGGCAUGGGGUGAGAUUGGUGACAAGCUCUUGCAGCUCUGCCAGGUCGGCGACUUGGUUGCAAUCCAAGGUGGCACGGUGCAAGCUGCUCCGGCGACUUUUUCGACGUCCAGGCUGCAUUAUCAUCUUCGCCUCAAAGGCACGCUGGGCAUCACAGUGCUGGCCACCAAGUUGACAGAAGCUCCGUGGGCUGACGUCCCGGACCUCCAUCCUCUGGUUCCUCUCCGAGCACUGAGCCGAGUCAAAGAUCGACAGCAGAUUUGUGUGGCUGCGGUCAUCAUCGACAACCCAGGGGCCAUUGAACGUCAAACCAAAGAGAAGAUGGCCAUGGUAUGCAACGCCAUCAUUCAACAAGGCAAUACCAAAGUUCGAUGCGCUUUCUGGCAUGAGCAUGCGGAGGAACUUGCCGCCCAGGCAGUGAAUGAGGCGGUGCUUUUGUACCAGGUCCUCGUGACGAAGCGGAAGUCCGAAGAUUCGUGGGAGUUGAGCAGUUGGAGGGGUACCAGCAUCCAAGAGUGUCCGGCAGCCAUGGCAGAGUUGUUGAUGCUCGCUCGGACUUUUGCGCUUCUUUCCUUGUCACGCAUGAGGAAAAAAGAACUUGCAGACACCGGAGAUUGCCGCAUGCUCACCGAGAUUCCUGUCAGAGACUGGGAAAACUGUGAUGCAGUACCUUCGACGCUCAGCGCCUUGCUUCGCGUUGUGGUGCCGGGGCAACUGCGUAAAGUUGAGACAGUCUUCGUAGUCUCCGACUUGCAAAUUUUAGGCAUUUCGUCAGUGAAGAGCGAAACGGAUGAGUGGCUGAUCGCGUCUUGUGUGCGAUGCAAGCGGGCCAGCCCUUGUGCGCAACAUCCUGACGGAAGCACGGAAAAGCGCCUGGCCGUCAGAUUGACCUUGGCCGAUGGCAACAGUCAAUGCUCCGUGAUGUUGUAUCACGAGUUACUGCUGAAGGCAGCAGUGCUGAUGGAAAUAACUUUGCCCGAGCCGCUGGCUGAUUCCAAAGAGCUGCGCGCAACUCUCAGAGACAUGUUCCGGAAUGCUCAGUGGAUUUGCCGUUUCACCUUCAAGGAGAACGACUUCCAGCAAUCCUUGGAAUUGGAGUGUCGCGACAUUCGUCCCUGCCUGCGGCUUCAGCCAACUGUCGUGCUGAUGACCCCACCGAGCGGCCAGUUGAGUCUGCCUCUUUGCCGCUUGAACAAUGGUUGCCCAGUGGCGCCGUUGAAAGCGGUGACAGUGGAUUCGCAUCUCGGACUGGUCUCCGUGGGCAAGGUGGAUGCAAACUUUUUGCGUGCUUUGGUGUGCUUCAACAACGUGAAGUUGCCAGAUGAUGAAGCAUUGCAGCAAGACAAUACAGCCACCUCGGCCAUGCGAGUGAAGCGAUCCUUUGACUGCCUUUUGUCGAAGACAGAUACAUCUCCUUUCCAAGUGAAACUUCGCAUGGCUGGUCCGGCUUCGGUUGUCAACUGGUUGCUCCAGGGCCGUACCGGAGAAAUCCAUCAAGUGGUCUUGGCCCAGACAGAGCACAUCGAAGAGUGGAGUGUUCUCUGGCAUGUCCCCGUGGAUGCAGCCGCCAAGGACACCGUCACGGCCUACUUUCACCGACUCGCCACGGCAGAGCUGACAGUAGAUGACCCCCUUACGUUUGAAUCCAAAUGGACGCCUGUCAAGAGGCUCCAUGUCGUCAGAGACAGCAUGCCGGAAGAGGCACGACACUAUGAGGCCUAUUCUGAAAAGGGCUGCCUGGAGCUUGAACGUGGCACUACAGGGGCGGAUGCGUUGAGCAAGGCACAAAAUGAGCUGAUGGUCCAGCUGCCCAUGGAAAGCAACGAGGGACAGAAGCUUCAUGACCUAGCUCUUCAAGGCUGCCAUUUUUGGCUUGCGGCUGCAUGGGAAGCGUACAACCAAGGCAAACAAAGAUGGACUGUGGUCCCAAAACUGCAUCUAUUCCACCAUAUGGCUUUGGAUUGCAAACAAUGGAGAUACAAUUCUCGUGCCCACCAUUGUUUUUCUGGGGAAGAUUAUAUGGGCUAUCUCAAAUCGGUGGUUCAGGCAACAUCCACUGGUCCCAAAAUGGAAGAGAGAACCCUAAAAAGGGCUCUGUUGAAGGUGGUGGCAAAUGCCCCUGCUGAAGUUUCGAACUUUGCAGCUCGCAAAUGGGGGAAAAGGAUGUGA